GUAAGCUCGGCCAUAUCGCGGAUCCUCACUUCAUUUGUUCAAGCACCUCUAUAUCCUGCGUUGUGAACCCGCCACUUCGCGUUGACAAUGGCCAGCCUGAUUGCAAUCCUCGAUCUGAAGGGCAAGCCGCUCAUACAGCGCUCGUACAAGGACGAUGUCUCCCCGGCGUACAUCGAACGAUUCAUGCCCAUAGUCCUAGAUAUCGAAGAGGAAGGCCAACAAGUGACACCGUGUUUCUCUCGGGAAGGCAUCAACUACAUGCAUAUACGGCAUUCGAACCUUUAUCUCUUGGCACUUUCGCGAAAGAACACGAAUGCAGCGGAGGUGGUCAUAUUCCUUCACCGAUUUGUUCAGGUUUUGGUGGAAUACUUCAAGGAACUCGAGGAGGAGUCCAUCCGUGACAACUUCGUCAUCAUAUACGAACUCAUGGACGAGAUGAUGGACUUUGGCUACCCGCAAACUACGGAAAGCAAAAUUCUUCAGGAAUAUAUUACGCAGGAGUCGCAUAAGCUUGAAAUCCAGGUCCGGCCGCCCAUGGCCGUUACGAAUGCCGUGUCAUGGCGGUCUGAGGGUAUCAAGUACAGGAAGAAUGAGGUGUUCCUUGACGUGAUCGAAAGCGUGAACAUGCUGGUGAACGCGAAUGGCAAUGUAGUACGAUCGGAGAUUCUUGGCGCCGUCAAGAUGAAGUGCUAUCUCUCCGGAAUGCCGGAGCUUCGGUUAGGUCUAAACGAUAAAGUGAUGUUUGAAUCCACCGGCAGGACAUCCCGAGGUAAAGCUAUUGAAAUGGAGGACGUCAAGUUCCAUCAAUGUGUUCGUUUGGCUCGGUUCGAGAACGACCGCACAAUAUCCUUCAUACCACCGGACGGCGAGUUCGAGCUCAUGUCAUAUCGUCUAUCUACCCCCGUGAAGCCCUUGAUUUGGGUGGAAGCCGCCGUGGAAAGCCAUAAAGGCUCCAGGAUAGAGUAUAUGGUGAAGGUGAAGGCACAUUUCAAACGGCGGAGUACCGCCAACAACGUUGAGAUCUACGUUCCCGUUCCCGAGGAUGCCGAUAGCCCAAAAUUCCGGGCAUCGACAGGCAGCGUGCAAUAUGCACCUGACAAAUCCGCCUUCGUCUGGAAAAUCAAGCAGCUAGGAGGCGCACGGGAAUUCUUGAUGCGGGCGCACUUCGGUUUACCAAGCGUGCGCGCCGAGCAAGACGUUGAGAAACGGGCGCCCAUCACGGUCAAGUUCGAAAUUCCUUAUUUCACGGUCUCGGGAAUCCAAGUGAGAUACCUCAAGAUUGUUGAGAAGAGUGGAUACCAAGCACUACCUUGGGUCCGUUAUAUCACUCAAAACGGAGAUGAUUACAGUCUACGCACUGCCUUGGAGAAAGGUAGCGCGCCGAUAGUGCCUAUGUAGAACUCUUCCGCUAUAUACGACGACCUUGGUGUCUUGAAAUCGCUGUGAGCGACGACUACGCCCCUUUGCUGCUGGAGCCACUGCGAUGGCUUUCAGUGGUGAAGCUGGAACUUUGUCUGGGCGGUGCAGUUAUGUGCUCAUCGGAUGUUGGUUACAAGGGCAAUGGCACUCCGCCAAUAUACCCGCCAAUUGUACAAUACAAUACCGUCCAUUCAUACCGAAUCUAUAUUCGUCUUGUCGC